UUGGAUUUUUUCGUAAAUCUUUAAUAAGGCUAAUAUGUGCACGUUUUGAGUGUUUGGGUAUGAUCCUGUACCAAUUUGAUUUGAGAAAAGCAUCUCAGUAAUUGAUUUUUUAUUUUUCUUGCCUUACUUGGUUGACAGACAUCCCCUCACACGUUAAUUAUGUUAAUUCAUUAUUUGGGAUUGUGGACGGCCGUCCUCACUAUAUAAACUCACCAUUCUCUUUCUCUGAAAGGACAAACUUCUCCUCCGCUAUUACUCCCUCUCUUUUCUCUUAAAAGUACUUUAAAGUUCUUUGGCACUUUGGAUUUGUAGAAACAUUCGGUCUUGUCCUUCCGGCAAUUGCUUUGGGUUCUAUAAUUAUUGUUUGGUGCCUAAUCGGUUAGUCUCUAUCGACACAUUCUUUUCUUAUUCUGUAGCAUUUGUGAUAGCAAAGCAUAGAAAGCAUGUCUAUAGGAACUAAUUUAAAAUAAUUAUAAUUUUGCUUUUUUCACUGUCAUAAAGAACAUUAAAAAAAGAAAAUAAUAGCUUACUAGAGUGUACUAUAACCAGUUCUAGCUGUUUUCUUGAACAAUAGCACAUUUGGUGCAAGUUGAAGUUUUGUUUGACUGUGGUUUCUUGUGAAAGUUUUGUUAUAAUUGAACAUAGCUCAGGGUUUUACUUUUCAUAGCUAUUUUCUACUUUCUUUCUGAUAUUUUGUUGGGUUUUUGCUUUGUUUCUUGCAUGAAAAUGUAAGUUCUUUUUCCCCAUUUUCUUUUUUUGGGCCAAGGAGGGUGAUUGAUGUGGUGGGCAGAGGGGCCAGUGGGGGGUCUUUUGUUUAAUUCUUUCUAAAUUAAUGUGAAGAUUAUAUUUGAUAGAAUCUUAUUGGGAAGACAAAGUGUGUGAAUCACAUUCAGUAGAGUGGGAGAAAAGGUGAAGAAAUUUAAGAAAGGAUUUUGAAGGAUGAAUGAUAGCUCAGCUAGAGAAAUGAAUGAGAGACAACCUCAAAGGCCUUGUGGUUGUGUGGGCAUUUUCUUUCAGCUCUUUGAUCGGAACCGUAGAUUUGCCAAGAUGCUGUUUCCAAAGAAACUGCUUUCACCAGCUUGCUUGAAACAAGCUUCAAAAAAGUUUGGAGGGGAUGCGAAGCAGCCAAAGCUUCGUUUGAUUGCUAAUGAGAACAGUGGGGGUUUUCCAAAUACAAAGAAUAAUGGAAUGACUGAUACACGUUGUGAAAGCAAGAGCGAAACGAAAGCUCCAAUUUGGUUACCAGGAUCAUGGGUUUGGAAUCGAUGCCCACAGGAUCAGGCAGUAGGCCCCAAAAGGCUUCAGCUUCUAGAACUUGGAGCAAUGUGGCAGACAAAGUUUGUGCUUGACCUGGCGGAUCUGAUAAAGAAGAUAUGGAUUUUGAGAUGGCCGAAAUAAAGAGUUCAGAACAAGGUUUUCAAAGGUUUAGAGCUAAAUGUGCUCUCACUUAUCCUACUAGAUAUUUUUCUACUUUGGUAGAUGAAGCAGAUUUAGUUGGGAAUUCACUUGAUCACCAUUCAACUGACUGCUACCUUUCCAGCAGUCGCAAUAGUAGCUCAAAGGACAAAGUGCUUGAUGAAUCAGUGGACUCUGUUGAUGAACCACUCUUUCCAGAACCUGAUAGAUUUCUUUCGGAUUGUGAGACCUAAUUAUCCACCAGGAGGAGUUGCAGAGAACUGAUUCAUAACAUUUCUGGAGUGCUCAGCAAGAUUGAUCAGUUAAAAGAAAGCAAACUCAGCUAUGCAAAAUAGGUCAUUUUGAAUGUUGAACUCAUAUUUGGAACUACAACUCAACAACAGGCUCUACAUGUGGAGGAUGGGUUCUCUGUGAGCCAUUUUCUCCUCAAUAAACAUGGAAUGUUUUCGAGUUUUCUGUGGAUGGCUUUCGGUGAAUUUCUUGGCUGUAAUGACCCAAAACAGAUGAAUCAGCUUAAAGGAUUUGCCUUUGAUUGUCUAUUAGAGUACCUAGACUCAAAAUUUUCUCCAAUCUCUGAUUCUGGUUUCAGAACCUGUACCAA